GGCUUUGGGUUAUGAGCAACCAAGGCUUUGGGUUAUUUGUACCAAAGUUUUGGGUUACGGAGGAUAGGAAGUGUACUGGGAAGUGGAGGACAGGAAGUGGACUGGGAAGUGGAGGAUAGGAAGUGGACUGGGAAGUGGAGGACAGGAAGUGGACUAGUGAAGGGAAUCCACGACGGUCGAAUUCUCACAAUUAAAAAGAUGAGGUCAUUCAUAAUCAAUAAUGUGAUUGGUUAAUUUAUUGCAAUAAAUACGCGUGUAUAUUGCGUAUAGCGUGAUUGUGUGUGGAAGCGGAACACUGAAAAUUGUGAACCAUAAGGAUGCUGACUAGUGCUGUACACCGGAACACAAAAGAACGGAUAAGCCGUAUAAUUGGAAGGGAUUGGGAUUACCUUGCCGGGCUUAUGGAUAUUCCUUACGCAGAACGCGAGGAGGUCAGAAACAAUUACACAAUGUACCCGGAUUUUACUUCUAAAGCGAAGAAAAUUCUGGAUGAUUUUAAUAGCAACGAUCAUUUUUGGCUACAUAUACUUGAAAAGUGUUUCGAAGAAAUGGGACUAGGCGACUUGAGAAGGGAACUGCUUCCUUUGCAGGAUGGGAACACGACUACGGCGGCUGUCAAUACAGAAAUUGGGUCCGGUGGUGAAAACGAAGCGGUUGAAAUUGUAUCAACGCGAAAUGAAAAGUCUGGAGUCGUAGGAACGGAACAAUUUGAAAUUACUCCAGAGAAAAACGUUGAGCCUCUCUCCCCCCGGGAAAUGUGCAGACUAAGUCAACGAGUUUCUGUUCACUGGGACAGUCUUGCUGGCCUCCUUGAAAUCGACAGUGAGGUUAGAGAAGAUAUAAGAGGAAACAUUUGUAUCUACCAUGACAGUCGGUCGAAAGCGGAGAAAAUUUUAUCGAUUUUCAACCGCAGGAGAGACUUUUCACGUAAAGCGCUGGCGGGAGGCUUGAAGGAGAUAAAGAAAAUGGACUUGAUUCGACCAGUGAUGACUGGGAAAUGGAAACAGUUGUGAUGAUCAAGCUUCCUUAAGAUGAGCAAUCUCAGUUCUUUGAAUGUUCAGUGGAUACUACUGACGAACCAGUUUCGAAAUUAUUACAAUAAUUUAAUAAUAACAAUGGUAAAAAUUCCAUAGGAGGCUGAUUCUGAAAACCAUCGAAAAACCGUGGAAAGAAAGAGCCUUAUCAGCCAGUAUUGUUACGAAAUAGUAGAGCAA